AUGACGCUAGCUGUGCCAGCUGUGCCCUUGCCAAGUGCAGAGGCUCUUGCGGUGUCAGGCAUCAUGCUUGCGACUGCUUGCCUCAGAAUGAUCCACCUCACUGUGUACUUCAGCGAACUCCAGCGAGAGCUCCUCAAGCAGGAGAUGGAGAUUGAUCGCCGGCAUGAUGAACAGCUUCUGGCCUUGCAGCAGGCCGCUUACAACCUGACUAACACGGACACUGGGCUUUUGGGAGACGUCUCCGACCCCUACGUUGUGGUGCGACUGGGUGGGCAGGAAUUCACCACCCCGGCAUUCGGCUCAGCGUUUGUGUGUGUGAUUGUGUGUCGGGGUUUGCACAUUGGUUCAAGAUUAUUGAAGUAA